AACUUUCACUCCGCCUCCGCCUUCCUCAUUUUUCUUCUCUCUGUGAGUCUGCGUCUCCGUUCUUGACUGAGGGGCUCUUUGCGCCGUGCCCGUGCGUCCGCCGUCCGGCCUCGUCUGAGUCGUCUCUCAGACUCUUACUUGUCACUCUCACAGUCUCACUCUCUCGUCUGCGAUUUCCCCCACCCCUUGUUACUGCUACUCUGCUAGCCUGCCAGCCAGCACCCAGCGACCAGCACCAGUAGCAACGCUAAAUCUUCCUCUCGUGCCCUCAGCACUCUCCGCUAUCGUCGUUUCUUACUCUCACUCUCACUCUCACUCUCUCUGUCUCGCCUGCGACUCUGCGAUUCCCCCCCUUGCUAGGUUGCUAGCCACGUAGCCAGUCCCAGUAGCCACGCAGCACGCUGAAUCUGCCUCUCCGCCUCUCGGAUCUAAUCUCAGGCUCAGGUUGGUCUCUCUUCGUCUGAUCGUCUCUCCGUCUAUCGUCGUCUCUCUCGCUUCGGUUAAAAACCGAAAAACCGCAACCGAACCGCCAAAUAUUCGGUUUUCAAUUAAAGUAUAAUUUCAGUUCGGUUUCGGUUCGGAAAUUUCAAAACCGAAAUUUUCGGUUUUACAGUCUGACUUUGCCGGCUGGGCGGUGGAUUCAGCCGCCGCGACCGACUCGAUGGAGCACUUGCAGAGGUUGGGACGCGAUGAACUUUUAGAGGUUUUGUCUGAAGGGUUUUGCAGUAAUUGCCAAUCUCUUCUGCAGACUGGCAUUCGCAAAAUCUGUGGCGCAGGAAAAAUCAGUAAUGGAAAACCAUCGUCCAGUAGUGAUGACACUGAAAAUUCAGGGGCAUUGCAGUCUGCCAAUGGUUCAAGCCUGAGUUUACUUGUCAAGAGUUCAGAAUCUAUGACUAUCAGUGGCAGGUCUCAGCAGCAAGAAAGCAAUCCAAGCAGCUCUAAUCGAACCAAGGAAUCAGUUUAUCCAGCAACACGAAAGGGAUAUGCUGCUGAUUCGUCCCCUUCCUCAGCAGGAUCAGUUAGCAGUAAGCGAAGUUUGUUGGAUCAUUCAGGUUCUGAAAUAUGGCUGAAUGAUGGACUCAGCAGAGUUUCCUCACCAACAAACAGUGGUUUAUCUGAGGACCAGAAGGAGAAAAUUAGGAUUUCAAAGGUGGGGAGGAAGAAAGAUUUUGCUUAUAAUGAGAUAAUUAAUGGAAAAAUGACUAAUGUGCUCCAAGGGCUUGAGCUUCAUACUGAUGUAUUUAAUUCUGAGGAGCAAAAGACGAUAGUUCAAUGUGUCUAUAAUUUACAACAGAAGGGACAAAGGGGGCAGCUUCAAGCAGAACGCACAUAUUCAGCACCAAGAAAGUGGAUGCGUGGUAAAGGGCGAAUCACGAUGCAAUUUGGCUGUUGUUACAAUUAUGUAGUUGACAAAGAUGGAAAUCCCCCUGGCAUAAUUAGAGAUGAAGAAGUUGAUCCCCUACCUUCUUUGUUCAAGCAAAUGAUCAGGAGGAUGGUCAGAUGGCAAGUUCUACCUUCAACAUGUGUCCCCAACAGCUGCAUCGUGAAUAUAUAUUAUGAGGGGGAUUGCAUCCCUCCUCACAUUGACCACCAUGACUUCCUCAGACCCUUCUGCACUGUCUCAUUCUUGACCAAGUGCAAUAUACUCUUUGGUUCAAACCUGAAGAUUCUGAGUCCAGGAGAGUUCUCAGGCCCUGUCUCUAUACCUUUGCCUGUGGGAUCGGUGCUUGUUUUGAAUGGAAAUGGAGCUGAUGUUGCUAAACACUGUGUUCCUAGUGUCCCAGCUAAAAGGAUUUCUAUCACUUUCCGGAAAAUGGAUGACAACAAAUUGCCAUUCAAGUUUUUACCAGAUCCCGAAUUGAGAGGAGCUAGGCCUGCUGUAUAUUCUUCCGUGGACGACUCACAAAUUGAACAACAUCAGCAUCAGCAUCAGCAUCAGCAUCGUAAAAAAGGUGCACAUGAUGGAUCUGGAAGCAUUAAGCAGGCUCAAGUUAAUUCCUUUGUCGUGGGCAAAGAUGAUUUCCCUCCGCUUGGAAGCUCGAAAUUCGUCAAGCAACCAGGGGCCAACAAAAAUCACCGUUGAAGCAAUGGCGCCACAUGCAAAUUUUACAUGGUUGGGUCAAGUCAAUUUUGUAAACACUGUUUGAUUUGUGAACUAAAGCAGAAAAGAUGGGGAAUUUUUGCAGAAUGCUGUACCAUAUGUUGAUUAUAUUAUAUUCUGAGAGAAGAAUUAAAUAAAACUUCUUUUAAGUUGUGUGUC